UGAGUCCGUAUCGAUGCCGUCCUCAUCAAUGUGGGAAUCGAGUUCAAUAGCGCCUACCUCUCUGACGAUGUCGAUACCGAUGUCAACGAUUGAUCCGCCCAGCAGCCAUCUUACCGGAAGCUUUUUUAGCACUUAUUCGCUAAACGAUGGCGUUUCCAGCUCUCCUAUAAUUUCACAGUCUCAUUCUAAAGACCCUUUUUCUAUUUCCGGUUCCUUUUCAUUUGGGGCAUCUUCACUGAAACAAACGAGUUCGUUGUCAUCUCUCAGUCGAGCUGCACCUCAAACGUUGUAUGCUUCUCCUUCAGUGUUUACCUCUCUGUCUGUCUUAGAUGCGACAACAGUUUCUUCUGUGUUACACACGCCGUGGUCCUCGCACCCGAUUCCUUCUGACCCAGUCUUACCAUCCCAGCCCUGGUCUUCGGGCUUCUCUAGCCAGCCUGCGACAUCUAUCGCGUCGUCCAUGACUGGUAGCGCCCUCUUCCAGACAAUCAGCAGCACACAGCCGGUUAGCAGCGCCACCAGUUCCCUGACGACCAACAGCGCCACUGGGUCCCUGACGACCAACAGCGCCACUGGGUCCCUGACGACCAACAGCGCCACUGGGUCCCUGACGACCAACAGCGCCACUGGUGCCCAAAAUACUCUCAGCGCUACCAUUAGCGCCACCAAUACCCAAACCACCAUCAGCGCCACCUCAAGCGCCACUGGUACCCAAACUAUCAAUAGCGCCACCAAUACCCAAACGACUCUCGGCGCCACCAUCAGCGCCACCAAUACCCAAACGACUCUCGGCGCCACCAUCAGCGCCACCAAUACCCAAACCACCAUCAGCGCCACCAAUACCCAAACCACCAUCAGCGCCACCAAUACCCAAACCACCAUCAGCGCCACCAAUACCCAAACCACCAUCAGCGCCACCAAUACCCAAACCACCAUCAGCGCCACCAGCUCCCCGACGUCUAUCAGCACUAGCAGUGCACAUAUAACCAGCAGCAUCACCACUACCACAACUGGCACCACCACCAAGACGUCGAGUCCCCUGCCCUCCACCGGCCUGGAGUGUGGGUGCAGCUGCCCAGCCAACGUCUUGUCCACGCCCCUGGCUUCGAGUAAGGUGGAGCAGCUAACCUCGUCCAUUCAAAAAGAACUAAGCGUGGACAAAACAGACGUGUCCGCGACGAAACGGAAGUACAUCAGCGUUGACGACGAACGCCCCUCGGCUCAAACAAUCGGAUACUUCGGCGUGACCAUCUUUGCGAUAACUUUUGCUGGCAUUGUGCUUCUAGACGCAGGGGCUCUGAUCCAAAGUAUUGUUCGACUUGUCUCUUUCUGCAAAAACAAAAACAAUUAGCUUCAUCCUAGUAUUUUAUUGUUGUGUUGACUGUCAGGCAGAGGCGUAGCGACCCUUCUCGGCGC